AGAAGUCAGAGAAUUCAGUAUCAGCAAGCAGAGCUGCUCACAACUACAGGAAGUUUCGCUUAAGCUGAAGCCGACACUUAGUGGAAUCAACCUUAAAUUCGUUGGUCCCCAACUGAUUGCCAUUGUAGGACCAGUGGGCUGCGGUAAAUCUUCUCUGUUGCAAGUCAUACUCGGUGAACUUCCAUACUUCGAAGGCGAUGUUGUUCGUUCGAACCGUAUGGCCUAUAUGCCCCAGGUUGCAUGGAUCACUCCAGGAACACUGAGACAAAAUGUGCUGAUUUCCGAGCCGUUUGACCACGAACGUUACUGGAAAGUCCUGCGUGCGACAACGUUGAAUGUGGAUAUCGAAAACCUUACUCAAGGUGACAAAACUCAGGUGGGCGAACGGGGUGCCAGCCUGAGUGGUGGACAGAAGGCGCGUAUCAGUUUAGCAAGAGUGGCCUAUUCUCAGGCAAAAUUUCUUCUCUUGGACGAUCCGCUAGCAGCGGUGGAUGCUCGGGUUGCCAACCACUUGUUCUAUCAAUGCAUCUGUGGUUUUCUCAGUGAUCGAUUACGAUUGUUGGUCACGAAUCAACUUCAUUUCCUUCCACACGUCGACAAAAUUAUUAUCUUGGAGGAGGGAAGGGUGGCUGAAUUUGGUACUUAUGAGGAGUUAAUCUCCAAGGGGAUUGAAUUUCACAACCUCGGUUGCAGUCAGCCGGACGUUUUGACAGAUGUCAAAGAGGACGACAUCAAGAUAUCCUCGGAAAUCAGUCAGGCUGUGUCAUUACCAAACGGACAAUAUUGGUUUCCAUCCGCGGAAAAGCCUGCUUCGGAUAUGGCUCUUUCCGUCCCUUUGGCACCAGAAGGUGAGCGAAGGCGCUUUUCUUCGAAGAACCGUCCGUCGUUUGCGAAUGAAGACCUCCAGCGAGCGACUAGAACAGAACAGGAAACUACUGAUAAUCUGUUGUCUUCACAAACGAGCUUGCGUAUCCCACGUACAAAGGCGUCCCCUACCGGAGAACUCGAAAUUCAAAGCGUGCUCAGUUUAUCCGACGUGACUGAUACCAAACGAAAAUGGAAUCCUUCUCCCAUGCCCUAUAAGACCACCUCGAGGUUGAGCAUUGCUUCACGUAGUUCACUCACAUCCCGGUUGGCCUUCAGUAUGGAAAAUGCAGUAGCCCCGGGUAUCAUAGACCACGUGCCCGCUGAAUUCGAUGAAGAAAAUUGGGACAUCAUAAAAGGCCUUGAAGACGAGGUUGAAGAAACCGAACAGGUGGAGGUGUGGCAAAGUGGCACCAUCAGCUGGCGAUAUUAUAUUAUUCUUGGACGUAUUGGUGGCGGCCUGUGUGGAGUAUUCACGACAAUAAUUCUUUUUGUCAUUACAAUCACAAACUAUGCGGGAUGCGAUUUCUGGUUGACAAAAUGGUCUGCACUCGUGGACUUUCGACAUGACAUGAACAUCACCGCAAACGUAUCGGAACAGCUUGUGUGGAGUAUGGACGACAACCGGUUCAAUUUGACUAUAUUUGGUCUCCUAACGUUGGCUCUGAUAAUUGUCAGUACAGCACGCUCUCUAGUGUUUUUUGGUGUAUUACUUAAUUCCUCAAAACGAUUACAUGAUAGAAUGUUGCGCGCUUGUUUGCAAACGCGUCUACUGUUCUUCGAGAGCAACACUUCAGGUCGUAUACUUAACCGGUUUUCCAAAGACAUCGGUCAGGUUGAUGAUUAUUUGCCUGUAACAAUACAUGAUUUUCUUCAGUGUUUCUUCCUGGUGAUCAGCUCGGGUGUGGUGACGAUUAUUUCGAGCUACUGGCUGAUAAUUCCCACUGCUCCACUCCUAGUUUUGUUCUACCUCACACGAAAAUACUACUUGCGCGCUUCCAGGGAUCUGAAACGAAUGGAAUCUGUGGCAAGGAGUCCCGUUUUUUCUUGGGUGAAUAUCACUCUUCAAGGCCUGCCGUGCAUUCGAGCAGCUAGGUGCGAAGAAUACCAAAUACGUACUUACAACGACUUGGUCGAUGAACACACAAGCAUCUUCUUCAUGAAUAUUGCAGCUGCACGUUGGUUAUCCGUUCGGUUGGAUUUGCUGUGUGCUAUGUUCAUUGCAUGUACAGUCGCUGUUUGUCUCUUGUUGGGCAUAUUCUCCAAUAUUCCUGCUGCAGACGUGGGACUGAUGAUCACUUACGCCGUCAGUCUUGUCGGCUUGUUCCAGUGGUGCAUCAGACAGAGUGCGGAAGUAGAAAAUCAGAUGGUAUCGGUUGAGCGGGCCGUAGAAUACAUGGACCUGGAGCCGGAAAUCACGCAACCGCCGAUAACCGAACUGCCAGAUGACUGGCCCAAAUUUGGCCGAAUUGUGUUUGACAAUCUGUGGCUCCGUUAUCAUGAAUCAGCAUCUUGGGCUCUUAAGGGCAUCAGCUUGGAUAUCGUCGCUGGUCUUAAGGUCGGUGUUGUUGGCCGUACCGGAGCCGGAAAAAGUUCGCUUAUUUCUGCAUUAUUUCGGCUGGUGGAAACACAAGAAGGGAAGCUUAUGGUUGAUGGAAUCGACGUUGCUCACGUUGAGCUCAAGGAACUCCGAAGGAGAAUCUCCAUCAUUCCGCAGGAUCCUAUUAUGUUCUCCGGAACAAUCCGCUCAAAUCUGGACCCUGAUCAUCGUUUAGAGGACUCGGCUAUAUGGGACGCACUUUCCUCAGUGCAGUUGAAUCGAACUGUUUCAGGAUUACCCGGUGAACUGGAUUUCUGCGUUUCCGAAGGUGGCACCAAUUUCAGUACCGGGCAAAGGCAACUGCUCGCCUUGGCCAGGGCCAUCCUUGGUGGGAAUAGAAUAAUUGUUGUGGACGAGGCGACUGCCAAUGUGGAUCCCUACACUGACUCAAUUAUUCAGAAAACGUUGCGCUCCCAGUUUGCCUCCUGCACCGUGAUAACUGUCGCGCAUCGGUUACAUACGGUGAUCGAUAACGAUCUUAUGGUUGUUAUGGAAGAUGGCCGAAUCGUGGAGGUUGGUGUUCCUCAUGAAUUGCUCAACCCGGAACUAUCCAGCCAAGACAAAGAAGCCCUAGGUAGCGGCACGCAACCGAUGGUGGUCACAAAGUUAGAUGCUCAGAAGCCGGUUUCUGGUCAAGGACCACUUGCUGACUUGGUUAAGCAUACGAGUUUGGAAGAAUCCGUCCUACUGGCACGACUCGCUCGUGAUGCCUACUGCAAGACGCUGACUCGCUUCGUGCUUUCAAAGUUGUGA